GCUUUCCCCGGCGAGCAGCGGCCUUCCCGGCCCCGCUUCAGGGCCGAGGGGCGGCGGCGGCCGUGUGGCGCUCCCCGGGGCACCCGCCGGACCGGGCCUCACGGUAGCUCCCUCCCGGGUACCCGAGUGGGGCCGGGCUCCCUGCUGCCCUCCGGCGAGCGGGGUGCUGCCUGCCCGCCCCAAGGGUUUGAUAAACCAACAGGUCGAUGCGGGGAGCUCGACGUCUCUGUGACUACAAUUAAGCUUCAAUAAUUCCCGCGAGGCCCGUGAUGGUUUUGUGUUUGGCACCAGUGGGACGUUGACGCUGGGCCAAAUACAUUUCCACAGCAGCCAGCCUGUGUUGGUUGCUUGUCUAAAACAAAGUAUGUUGUCCUAGGAGGGCACAGAUGGAGGUUCCUGCUAAAACUGCUCAGCACGGUGAUGUCUCGGGGCAGCGGCAACAAGAGACUGGGUGCUACUCAGCUGUUGCAGCUGUUCCUGGAAAGCACAUGGGCACCAGUAGAAGUGUCAAAAAAUCAGACCAAUUUUAUCUGUUCCCAGGUGGCAAAGUAUUGUAGAUAGUCUUAAUGAAACCACUAUUAGUGGUGAUACUGGAAUAGCCAACACUACAAUAGUGAGCAGCUCUUGAAAAGAGUAAUUUUGAGUAUGUUCUUCGAUAUAAAAGUGGUUGUGGAAAUGAAACAUUUCUUUACAUCUUACUUCUUUACCCUUUUCCAUCUCCAAGUGGUUUGCGGUCACCAGUGGAAGCAACUAGAACUGGCUAACUACUUUUCUAAAUUUUCAAAAGCUCCAGUAAUAUGCAAAUUAGUUGGAAGAAAAGUUCUUGAUGGAGUUGGUCAGCCAACAUUAGAAGUGGAAAUAUACUGUACAGUAAAGAACUAUGAGAAGAGGAUUUGUUCCACUGUAAUGUCUUCUCAUUCUCAUAUACCUGAAAAUGCUUUACCUGAAACAACUGAAGCUGAUGAGAAAGAAAGAAAUGACUCUGUAAACUCUGCUGUGGAAUGGGUCAACGAAUCACUGAACAUGAUGUUAAGAGGCUUGAAACCUACUGACCAGUGUAAAGUUGAUAAGAUUCUUGGUGAAUACUUUACAAAAAAGGUAGAAGAAAGAAAAGAAGUUCAAAAGCAAGAAGAAGAAGAAGCCAUGCUUGCCCUUACUUCAUGCACUCCAUCAGCAACAUCACUACAUGGGAAAAAAAAAUCAGCAAAACCAGGAAAGAAGGUGGCAGUUGCAGAGAGAGCGAUCCCAUGUGCAGAACCUGCUGAGUCAGUGCUUCAGGGCAGCGUAGCCAUCGGGGGGACGUCACUUGCUGUAGCUAAGGCUGGUGCCACCAUUAGCCAUAUCCCAUUGUAUUUACAUAUUGCACUGCUGAAACGUGAUCAGGAUUCGCCUAAAGAAAUGACUCUCCCACUCCCAAUGGUUACUCUAUUGAACUGUGAAAAAAUUUCACCUGCAAAACUGAGAUUAGUGAAAGAAGUUAUGCUUAUACCACCAGUUCAGCUAUCACUCAAACAGGGCAUAGAAAGAGUUCUGGAUAUUCAGAAAGAAAUGAUGAGACUGUUGCAGCCUCCAGGCGAAGCGCCCUGUUCUCAAGUAGCAGACAGUAAGAAAGGCAGAGCACAUAAUACAGGGAAGAAAGCUCCGCCACGAGCCUUAAAGAGGAUAUCACACUUAGGUUGCCUAAUAACAGGGUGCGAUAAUCUAGAACAACUGCUACUCCUAAUGCAGACAGUUUGCAACAAUAUAGGUCUGGAGCUAGGAACAGACAUGCACCUAGCAAUAAAUUGUGCUGCUCAUGAAUUAAUGGAUUAUGUUAAAGGAAAAUAUGAAAUACUCACUGGAACAUUCAAAAGUCCUGAUGAAAUGGUUGACAUGUAUGUGGAACUGAUUAAUAAAUUCCCUUUUAUUAUGGCAUUAAUAGAUCCCUUAAGAAAAGAGGACAGACAACAAUGGAGUAAUAUAUGUUGUGCUCUUGGUUCCAAAUGUUACCUGAUUGCUGAAGAUGCUGCCACAUAUAUUUCCAAACUUAAAAUUGACCAGAACAUAAAUGUACCAAUGUGCAGUGGUGUUGUCCUAAAAUAUAUUAACCAAACCAAGGUAUCAGACCUCAUAGAACUUACUGGACUUCUGGACGGUCAAAGACAUAUUACCAUAUUAGGAAGUCCAGAUGGAGAAUCUUCUGAUGAUAGCCUUGUGGAUCUGCUUGCAAUGAAUACGAGAACAAAGAUUGGAGGGAGAAUGAUUGAAACUGCACCACAGGAGGGAAGCGAAAUCAAAAGACUAUAAAUAAGCGCUGACAAAAAAAACCUAGGAUAGCACUUGCCACAAUGUAUAUUGUUGUCCUAAUGGAUUAUCUGUUUACUGAAUGUUAAAAUAGACCCCUUCUUGAGGAGUAGCCUACAUUAAGCUUUUUUUCCAGAAUUAAUUGGUUGGAGUCUUGAAGCCCACAGUGCAAAAGGAACAAAACAAAACCCACGCAUAUAACACACGGAAAACCUGCCAAAACGGAAUUUUAGGCCAAAUACCCCACCUCCCUCGAGCCCCUAAACAUACAUUGCUAACAAAACUUCAUUUCACAACCCUCCUUUGUGUGUUAACAUUUCCAGCAAAAUGUGUUUGGAAAGCUGCAAUUGCAUGAGUAAGCACUAAAACCCCAGAAAAAACGAAGUUGACCGAUGCACAUUCAGCCUUAGCCACUUGUAUGCAUCUGCCUGCAUUUCAGGAUCUGCAUCUUUUUUUUACACUAUAUGCUACACUGUUAAAUGCUUAACAGUUCAUUAGAGCCACUUCUCACACGCUCAGGUAUCAAUCAAGACAGAAUGGAGGCAUACAGGCUGAACGGGAGGCAGGGAGACAAGGGGAGGAAGAAAGGAAGGAAAGGGUUUGCAAGAAUUUAUUAUGCCUAAGAAAAAGAAGCAUGAAGGAGAAUUAAGUCAUUUUACCCUCUUGAUUCUAAUAAUUUUCAAUGUUCUAUACAGAGGGUAGCAGCACUUGACAUGCACACUAUAGAGCAAAGUUUUUAUUUUAACAAAAAUUCUGUUGAAAAUAUUCUGAA